GCCACUCGCCACGCGACGAAACUCCACUCCACUUGAUCGAAGUGAGCCGUUGCAACAUAACCGACACAGUUUGCGCAUUCAAGUGUUUCACCAAUUAUCUGUCGAUCUACUGAAGCGUUACAGAGUUCGUCACUUGACGGUGCAUUCAAUUUUCGUGCGUUGCACUUGUCGUUUUGUCCCAGUGUGUCCCAUAGUCGAGUGAUCAAUAGUAACCCCCACGGUGGCCCGAGCCCCGUUGCAAAAGUUUCAAAACAUCAAACGUGCAGAAUGGCUCAACAAGCGGCAAAAAUAAGUUUUAGUCGACAUGGAGCUGUGGUGACGGUUCUUGUCGCUCUGCUCUCGAUUGCAUCCAUCAGCGCAUAUCCGGCCAUUGAAACGGACGACCUGGCUGACGGUAAAAUUGUGAAUCAGAAUGCCGCAAACAUCAACCAAUCACGCUCGAGCAUACUGGACAACAUUUUCAACAUUCCGAUUCAAACGCUGAAGGCUGUGAACGAUCUGGUGCAGAGCAUCGCCGGAAACUUGCAGCAGGCCGGUUCCGGCAGUUACUUCCGCUCCCGUUCGAGCAACUUGCGCAACAUCAACGUCAACGUCGACGACGAGAAAGACGAUGAGGCGAAGAAAACAAAGGAUCAUAAAAAUUAAUGAACGUUUUCGGUGCGAAUAGGUGUAAAUAUUAAGGAUCUGUGAUCGAUGAUAGUGUUCUUGAAGAUUUUUUUUUGUAGCGUGGUAGGUGCCUUUUCACUGUUAUUUUAAAUGUUUUGUUUUUCAAGAAGGCUUUUUAAAAUGCUUUUGCGGCGCCAAUUGUGCCAAGGAUAGGAGACGUUUCAACAGCGACGGCAUGUCACGACGCACGACGCACGACGAUGGCACAGUUUACAUACAUUCGUUAUUACAUGCGGUAGAUGACUCUGCAAUUAUUAGCUGAAUACAGAGCUUUAAUGGACAAUUUUAUGUAGAUUCUUAAUCAACCUGUAGCCGUACGAAGCACAAAAUAAAGCGC